UUGCUCAAAAAUGCCGAGUCAAGAGGUUGUAACUACGAAAGUAGUGGUGCACCCUUUAGUUUUAUUAAGUGUGGUGGACCACUUUAAUCGUAUGGGAAAAAUUGGCAAUCAAAAAAGAGUUGUCGGUGUUCUUUUGGGGUGUUGGAGAGCUAAAGGUGUUCUAGACGUGUCAAACAGUUUUGCAGUACCUUUCGAUGAAGAUGAUAAGGACAAAAGUGUGUGGUUCCUUGAUCAUGAUUAUCUUGAAAACAUGUAUGGAAUGUUCAAAAAGGUUAACGCCCGUGAAAAGGUAGUAGGAUGGUACCACACUGGACCAAAAUUACAUCAAAAUGAUGUUGCAAUUAAUGAACUAAUUAGGAGAUAUUGCCCUAAUUCUGUUCUGGUUAUCAUUGAUGCUAAACCCAAAGAUCUUGGCCUUCCAACAGAAGCAUAUCAAGCAGUUGAAGAAGUUCACGAUGAUGGCUCUCCAACGUCUAAAACAUUUGAGCACAUUCCUAGUGAAAUUGGUGCAGAAGAAGCGGAAGAAGUAGGUGUAGAACAUUUACUGAGAGAUAUCAAAGAUACCACAGUUGGUACUCUUAGUCAGAGAAUUACAAAUCAGCUCUUAGGUUUAAAGGGUCUUCAUGAACAAAUUAGGGAAAUUAGAGAUUACCUGCUACAAGUAGGUAGCGGUAAAUUACCUAUAAACCAUCAGAUCGUUUAUCAGCUGCAGGACAUUUUUAACUUACUGCCCGAUAUGACACAGAGUAGCUUUGUCGAUUCGUUGUACGUGAAAACGAACGAUCAAAUGUUAGUUGUAUAUCUUGCUGCCCUUGUUAGAUCCAUAGUAGCUCUACACAAUUUGAUCAAUAAUAAAUUAACAAAUCGCGACGCCGAGAAAAAGGAAACAGAUAAGAAGGAGACAAAAAAAGAUGAGAAGAAAGAAGAAGAAAAAAAGGAUGAGAAAGAUAAAGCAAAAACUAAAAGUCAGUGAAUAAAGUGAAAUUGAGACUAAUCUGUGUGAUUGAGACUGUUAACCUUGCAGAAGUUCAUAAAAAGUUGCAAAGUUUGUUUAUACAUGUGCAAAUGUACUUUGUGCUUUCAGACGAUUGGCAUUUCACGUUAACACCGAAAUAAACACGAAUGACCUUGUUCUUAAAGCAUUCUAGCAUGGUAUGGUAUAUACAUUGGAUAAAGGAUAUGAUAGUCGGGACGCAGUUACACGUUUCCAAGUACAAUAAAUACAUUGCACUGUUAUCGACAAAUUUUACCUGGUCUAUUACAAAUGAGCAACUGCUUCUAACUACCCGUAACUUUUAUAUAAUGUAUCGAUAUCGAUAAAAAAUUUCGUAAUUUUUUCAUGAACCAACACCGGAAUUUUCUACAUUACAUGGAAGUACAAGAUAAGAUUCUCAUAAACAUACACCCAUUAGGUAUUACGAACAUGUUGUUUUUUUUCUAGAGAACCCAAGCUUUCGUAAUUAAAUGCAUU